GAUGUGUCUGUCUAUCAGUUGAGGCUGUCGGAACGCCCGCGCAUCCCGAAUGUACGUUACAUAUUUCACGGCGGAGACGGGACCCGUUUCGUUUUCAGUCCAAAAAGAGCAAAUAGUGCAUCUCUUUGACCUUGGUCGAGUAUGUGUUAUAGUUGAGUUUGUUCGUAAUCAGUUUUGAAAGCAGUAGCGUAAUACGUCAACUGUCCACAUGAAAGCCAAAAGAACAUCACAUUUCAGACCCUGAACAACAGAGCGGCACCUGUGCGGAUAUACAGUUUGGGAGCGGUGCAUUCGCCGUCCUGGAAGUUACAUUGAUGCAUUGAAUCCUCUCUUUGUUACUUUUCAUUUGAAAAUCGGCUUCCAAGUGUCGUUUGAGGGUUGGAAUCCUUUUUGAUGGAAGCACGGCGAGGGAUCGAGGGGGCUUUGGCGGUUGUCCAUAUUCUCCACUGCUAGACUGAAACAUAAACGGAGAUCAAACGAAUUUGUAUGAAAAUGCUAUGAGUUUAUAUAUUUAAGCUGCACCAGGCAUCAAUAGAACCCUUUCUUUUUCGUACAACAUUCUACGAUUUCCUCAUCGGACAAACGAUUUCCUAAAGAUGAUUUGAGAUUUUUUACUUUCACUGACGCAUACACCCAACAUAUUGCCAAUCAAAGAACGGGAAUCUACAUUUCCACGCGCAUAACCGAGAGAAGGACAUAGACAGCGAGAUUUGCUUUGAUCUUGGUUUCCUCUUUGCCUUGUCCGUUAUUGUGGUAUCUGCAUGAAAAGUCAAGCGGAAAGUCUAUCAGCAGUAUGCCGAGGAGAAAACAGCAAGCGCCGCGGCGGUCUGUAGCUUACGCGCCGGAGGACGAGUUCAAGGCCGACAAGAUUGAUGAGGAGGAGGAACCCCUGCAGGACGACGGCCUGUCCUUAGACGGCCAGGAUGCCGAAUAUCUGUUCAACGACGACGAGGAUGCCAGGGACCGCUUCAGCGACCAACACUCCCCGCUCAGCAACGGCACCAACCCGGACGCCGGCUACGGGUCUCCACUCAGCGACACCAGCGACCAGCUGGCCGACUUUAAGAGCACCUCCUCGUCCAAAGAUGGGCAAGACAAGGAGGAGAAAGCCGUGGGGGGAGACGCGGAGUCCGUCAACGGCCUCUCGCUGCAGGACAGCCUGGCGCAGAUGAAAGCCGUCUAUGCAAACCUCAUCUCGGAGGCCUCCUGGUCCAGCAUAGCCAUGGACAUGCUGAAGAGCAAGCAAGUCAGCAGCGUCAGCAGCAGCAAAUGUAACGGAAGCAGCCAGAAGGGAAGCAACGGUGUCCACGGCAACCAAGGGCACAGCCACGUCACCAACAGCAAUGGCGGGGGCAGUAGCAGUGCUGUGUCCGUCUCCACAAAUACGACCACCACUACGGCUACGAGCGCUUCUUCUAACCACACCAACAACGGCAGCGUUAGCGUUGGCAACGCCGGAGGGGUCGCCUAUGACUGGCACCAGGCGGCUCUGGCUAAAACCCUGCAGCAUACUCCGUACCACCUCCUCCCAGAGCCCAGUCUUUUCAGCACGGUGCAGCUCUACCGCCAGAACAACAAGCUGUACGGCCCUGUGUUUACGGGCGCCAGUAAGUUCAGGUGUAAGGACUGCAGUGGGGCCUACGACACGCUGGUGGGCCUGACGGUGCACAUGAACGAGACGGGACACUACCGGGAUGACAACAAGGACAAGGAGGAAGACCGGGGCAAGAGGUGGUCCAAACCCCGCAAGCGCUCCUUGAUGGAGAUGGAAGGCAAGGAAGAUGCCCAAAAGGUGCUCAAGUGCAUGUAUUGUGGCCACUCGUUUGAAUCUCUGCAAGACUUGAGUGUCCACAUGAUUAAAACUAAACACUAUCAGAAAGUGCCUCUCAAAGAACCGAUGCCAGCCCUUGCCUCUAAGCUGGUACCCCCUACCAAAAAAAGAGCUUUCCAAGAUGUAGUAUCCCCAUGUUCACCCGAGUCCAUCAACAACACACCUGGGAUACCCCUUGGGGACAACUCAAAAGACCAAAAGGUACUCAACCCUUACGUCACGGCCAAUAAUCGGUAUGGUUACCAAAACGGAGCCAGUUACACCUGGCAGUUUGAGGCACGGAAGGCGCAGAUCCUCAAAUGCAUGGAGUGCGGGAGCUCCCAUGACACGUUGCAGCAGUUGACGGCGCACAUGAUGGUCACCGGACACUUUCUCAAAGUGACCAACUCAGCUUCCAAAAAGGGCAAGCAGUUGGUGUUUGACCCUGUGAUUGAGGAGAAGAUUCAGUCAAUCCCACUCCCACCAACGACCACACGCCUCCCAGUUCCAAAUGUGAAGCCGCAGCCCGACUCUCCAAGACCCCCAUCCACCCCCGAAGAGCAAAAGGAGGACCGAAGGGAGGAGGAGCAAGGAAAUCCGCCAGAAAAGAAGAUCAAGGAGGAACAAGAGGAUCCACCUGAGAAAAGUGAAAGGGUGGAAAAAACGCAAUCCUACAAGUACCUCAGAGAGGAAGAUCUUGAGGAAACUCCCAAAGGGGGUCUGGAUAUCAUUAAGUCCUUAGAGAACACAGUGUCAAGUGCCAUCAGCAAGGCCCAAACAGGGACACCAACCUGGGGUGGAUACCCCAGUAUUCAUGCCGCAUACCAGCUCCAGGGGUCUAUGAAGUCUUCCUUUCCUUCCCUUCAGAGUGUCCAGGUUCAACCCUUGUUCAGCACCAACAACUUUAAGGCGCUGUCGUCCGACUCCAGCGCCCUCAUUCACUCACCCAGCAGCCCUUCCCCGCCCCCCAACCACAAGAACAACGUGUUGGCCAUGGAGGAGUUGGUGGAAAAAGUCACAGGAAAAGUCACAGUGAAAAAGGAAAAGGAGGAAAAGGCGACAGACAAUAGGUGUAAAUCGAGGUCUGCCAAGUCGCCCUCCCCCCUUCCCAAGGACAGAAAAGGGUCGCCCAGACCAGACAACCUUUUCAAACCAGUGAAAAACAAACCCAUAGAGGAGCAUACAGAGUCCAAGGCCAGGGACGGAGAGGCAAAAGAGAGAAAAGUAGAUCCUCCAGUUAAAAAUGGGACAGAUUUACCCCCAAAAAACAUCUCCAAUGGCGGCAACAGCUUGGGGAUCAUCACAGAUCACUCCCCUGAACAGCCCCUUAUCAACCCCCUCAGUGCUUUGCAGUCCAUCAUGAACACACACUUGGGAAAGGCCUCAAAGACUUCAACUCCCUUCCUGGAUCCCCUUUCAAUGCUGUACAAAAUCAGCAACAACAUGAUGGAAAGACCCGUCAACAACUCCACUCAGGUCAAGCAAGUAGAGACUCUCAACCAGUAUUUUGACAGUGACGAUCAGCCCAUGGACUUGACGAAAUCCAAAACCUCCAAUGGGCGCACUGCUAAUAGUACCCCUUCUACACUUCACAGUUCAACAAACUGCAACAGCAACAUGAACAGCAGCAGGCCAAUCCUCAACAGCUUGUCUGAAUCCAUAUCGUCUCCUCUGCGGGAGAACGCCCUGAUGGACAUCUCAGACAUGGUCAAGAAUUUAACCGGUCGUCUGACGCCCAAGUCCUCCACUCCGUCCUCCGUAUCAGAGAAAUCGGACAUGGACGGCAGCACCUUUGAGGACGGCUUGGAGGAGUUGUCCCCCAUCCAGAAGCGGAAAGGCCGGCAGUCCAACUGGAACCCCCAGCACCUCAUCAUCCUGCAGGCCCAGUUCGCCUCCAGCCUCCGGGAGACGCCCGAGGGAAAGUUUGUCAUGACCGAUCUUGGCCCACAGGAACGUGUGCACAUCUGCAAGUUUACCGGACUCUCCAUGACCACUAUAUCCCAUUGGCUGGCCAACGUCAAGUACCAGCUGAGGCGGACAGGGGGGACGAAGUUCCUGAAAAACAUUGACACAGGCCAUCCCCUUUUUCUGUGUAAUGACUGUGCCUCCCAGUUCAGAACUCCCUCCUCGUACAUCAACCAUUUAGAGUCUCACUUAGGUUUUAGUUUGAAAGACCUCUCUAAGCUUUCCAUAGAUCUAAUAAGGGAUCAACAGGCAGUUAGCAGGAUGAUAUCUGAUAAGACCUUUAGUUCUCUAGGACUUACGGAGGAAGAUUCUGGGUCAGUGUUCCAGUGCAAGCUGUGCAGUCGGACCUUUGUAAGCAAGCAUGCGAUAAAACUUCAUCUUAGCAAGACACACGGCAAGUCUCCAGAGGACCACCUGAUCUUUGUCUCUGAGGUUGAAAAGUUUGAUAAACAGUAGAUGAUGGCAUGACUGAUUAUUGAAUUGUUGCACUAUAUCAAUACUGCACUGCAUCGUAACUGAGCCUUUGGAAUUAGUUAACUGUUGUCAUAAAACUGGACCAUCUUCUGUUUAUGAUAUCAGUUCGAUUUUAUUUUUUCAACACACUUUUUGGAGACUAUUUAUAUGAUGCUUGAUUUGUGCAUGUUUUUCUGUGAAGUAUGAAAAAAACUACAUUUCCAAUGUUUGUAUUUUACAAAUUCAAAAAAAAAAAAAAAAAACGACCAAAAUAUCUGAUUUGGGAAAAUAUAUAAUUGAUAUGAAGGUUUUUUGUUUUUCGAAAUUAGUCACAACAGACAGUACAUUCUCUUAAAAUGAUUGAAAAUUAUGAAGGAUCCCUGCACUGUAAUGAAGUGUACCUGAGUGUAUGUACUUGAACAAUGAAGAGAUACUCUUAUGGGUUUGUAGGAUUUACUUCAUGGCAUGAUUACAUGUUUUUUCUCGCUCCUUCUAAUCAACUCAUUAUUGCAAGGUUGGAAAAAACGUUGCAAGUUUAAGAAUUGUGUGUCAUUGCUUUGUAAUAAAGUGGAUAAUUAAAAACUCAUUUUUGCUAAAUAUGUUCAGCUACUCUCUGUAUUUUUGUUUAAUGAUUCUACUUUUAUUUAAAGCUUUUUAUUAUAUUUUCUUUGGUACCCAAAUUUGAUUUAUCAUUGUGUGCAACAGUCAACUUGUACAUGAAAUGUAAAAUUGGUGAAUAUAUUAAGUAUCAGCAAGUAUGUGUAAAUGUAUGUCAUCAUAUCUUGCAAUUUGCAGCAGCUCAGCAUUCUUUGUACUGUGUGCAUUUUUAUAUUGUCAUUUUAUAGAAACUUGUGUAAAAGGUCAAAUGUACAAUGGCAAAUGUAUAUAGAUAAAAAUAUAUACAGUAUAUUCUGUAGAGCCACAACAUGUCCUUUUUUUCAAUGAAAAGUAGGUUAUCCCUGGUGUGGUUAAAUAGACCUAUACAGGCAUCACAAAUGAUGCAUGGUACUGUAUGUCCAAGUUAACAAGCAAUGCACAAUACAUUUUAAUGUUUUGUCAUCAAUAAUGUUCAGAAUUCUAUCCUUUAAUUCAUGAAAUACUCUUUUGUUUCUCUAAUUGUAAAAUAAAC